GUUUGACAAAUUAUAUUCACAGUUGGAGGUUCGCGCGGUGCCGAUUUCUUCAGCAGCUGCCCUAGGGCCUAGACGAUCCUGAAAUAGCCAAAGCCCUCCUUUCAUCACUAAGUGUAACACCAAAACUCCGCCAUCGAAACCAAGAAGCUCGAGUAUUACAUAAUUGCUAACAGCAAAAGGAACUAGGACGUAAGAAUGAGCACCCAUACGGCGCCGUACCACCAGCCGACUACGCUGGAAGAAGUUCGUACCCUUUGGAUUGGGGAUUUACCUUACUGGGCCGACGAAAACUAUCUCCGCGGCUGGUUCUCGCACACUGGCGAGUCGACUGCUAGGCUGAAAAAGGCUGUACUGGGUUUGUUGCUGAUUACAUUAGGGUUCAUGGUGCUGUCAAUCAAAGUAAUUCGCAACAAACUAACAGGUCAGCCCGAAGGUUAUGGGUUUGUGGAAUUUACGUCACAUCAAGUGGCGGAAAGCAUUUUGCAGUCAUACAACGGAACACAAAUUCCUGGGACUGAACUAACUUUUAGGCUUAACUGGGCAUCAUCCGGGAUAGGAGAAAAGCGUGCUGAUGCCGGCCCCGAGCACUCCAUUUUCGUUGGGGACUUAGCUCCGGACGUUACUGAUUAUCUGUUGCAGGAAACUUUUCGAGUUAAUUAUCCAUCAGUUAGAGGGGCAAAAGUUGUGACUGAUCCCAACACUGGGCGUCCCAAGGGUUAUGGCUUUGUUAAAUUUGCAGACGAGAACGAAAGGAAUCGGGCAAUGGUCGAGAUGAACGGCAUGUAUUGUUCGACCAGGCCUAUGAGAAUUAGUGCGGCCGCACCCAAGAAAACAUCUGCCGGGGUCCACCCGCAGUUUGCAGCUGCUAAAGCUGCAAUAUAUCCACCUUCUGUAUACCCUACAGCAGCUCAGACGAUUCCAGUGGAUAACGAUAUAAAUAACACUACUGUCUUUAUUGGUAAUCUCGAUCCUAAUGUAAGCGAAGAAGAACUGAGGCAAAUAUUCGUGCAAUUUGGGGAUAUUAUCUACGUCAAAAUCGUGGCAGCAAAGGCCUGUGGCUUUGUGCAGUUUGCCGCCAGGACAUCUGCAGAAGAAGCUAUCCAGAGGAUGCAGGGUGCUGUGAUUGGGCAACAGGUUGUUCGUGUUUCUUGGGGAAGAACUCCAGCAGCAAAGCAGACAGAAGGGGCUCAUGAUGUGGCUGCCACAGCAGCUCAACCCAUGGAAAAUGUUGAGGAAGUCUAUGAUCGUUUGGCCACACCAAAUGUUGAAAAGUUAAAUGCUGCCUACACUGCUGUUCACGGACGUGCCAUACUGGGAAGGGUUUUAUGGCAGACCACCUCUUCUUAGAAGGGCUGUUUGCCAGAGAUUAUGCACUUAUUCAUGAUUUUGGAAGAUGCAUGUUGGGUGAGAGAGAACAAGUUAUAAGGGCGUGUAAGGCAAUCAAUAUUAGGUUGUACUAGAUAAUUUGCAAUUUUAAGGGCUUGAUUGUUUAUGAAUUAUUUCAUUCCCAUUUACUUCAUGUGAAAAAUCUAACUGAAUUUUAACUCAACCCUACUAUCUUUUAAUAUUAUUCAUAUAAUUAAA